AUGGAGUCAGAGUCUGUUGACAGCUCCGGAGGAACAGACAAUGGUGUUAUUGAGAUCAUACCGAUGGAUGAAUACGACUCUCACAAGGCGAAGUUGCGUUGUUCUAUCCAAUGGAUUCUGAAUAAGGCUUACCAAGAUAGCAGGCCAAAGGAAUUCCAGGAACCUUUCUACACUACACCAGAGGGGUCCAUACAUGUGAAGCCACGCCUUGCCAAUCUGAUGACAACCAGUGAGAUUUAUUGUCAAGCAUGUUCUAAUAUGUUUGGUGAUUCAACUUCACAAUGGAAAGGUAAUUCAGGACACUGGAGUAUAAUACAAGUACUGAGCAGAAAAGGGAUCUAUGUCGGAGAGAAUGAUGAUACUGAAGUCACAGAGACAAUCCUGAUGAAAAACGCUCCAUUUCAGACUAAUGCCCACCUGUCCUUAAUAGAUGCCCUUUUGAUGGCCUACAUCAGUGAAGUUGUCAGUGUAGAGAGGAUUGUACAGGCUGUCAGGAAAUAUACGACAUUCAAUGCAUCCAGUGAGCUUCCCAAUGAUGCAUAUGAUGCUCUUGUGUUCUGGACGAAUAAGAUUUGUGUAGCUGUGCAGCUUAUCCUGGACAAAAAGGCCAAAGGGCAGGCUGACCAAAUCAUCCAGGGCGAGUCCCAACAGAGGGUACGAAUUGUGAGCAAGUCUACGCCGAGAGAGUCUGUGACUGUGCCUGUGAUGGAAGAUUUCCUCAGCGAUGUAGGGGAUGGCUGUUCUCUAGCCACACUCAUCAGCUUCUACUGUCCCACAGCACUUAAGUUUGAUGAUAUUUGUUUGAAGUCCAGCAUUGGGAUAGCUGACUCGUUAUACAACUUACAGCUGGUCAAGACUUUCUGUGAUACAUAUAUACCGGGCCGAUGUUUCCUGCUGACCUACGAAGACUUCCUGUACACCAGUGACCGUCUCAAACAGAAUCUGUAUGUGAUGCUAGCAGAGCUUUUUUAUUGGCUGGAGGUGCAGCAGCUAGACUGUGUAGCAAAGUGUCCAGGGGACUCCCUCAAAGGAGAAGUGCUGAGACCUUCCACAGCUAAGAUGUUGAGUAGUGCGGGUAUAUCUAACCUUCCCAUCAGUAAUGUCACCAAACAGAGUUUCCAGAAAUCACCAUCAGAUGAUAUAGGAGUGGGAAUAAUAGGGUCAGGGGUCGGCGUUCCUCCACGUCAACCUCUCCUCCACAAACGACUCCAACAACCUCAGAUAAAACAGGAGCCAAAACCAGUACGACGUUCCCAGUCACUUAGUGGACAAGAGGAGAGAGACACGAUCCGUCAGUCUGUUAUAGCUUGGCAGGACACUCACCGACAAAGCAAGCAAAGUACUGGGACCAACAGUCUGCUAGCCAAUGUCAGUAUCGACAGUGACCUGAAUGACAGUUUCUCAGACGACCGCUUCAGUAUGGACCUGGGUGAUAUUAGCGAGAGUAACACACCACCUCCAACAUUGUCACAUGACCUGUCCUCUGCAGCAUCACAUUUACGAAACCCUGAUCAUCCAGACUAUAUGGAACUUCAGAGUGUAACGUCCGGUGCCACUACGCUCCGGACGUCACAUUCAGAGGAUGUGAAUGUCUCUCAGGAGUUUGGUGUCAAGUUUGACAAAAUGGAAUCUGCCAAUAGUGGAAGUGUGGAACCUUUACUUCCAGCAAAAUUACGACCAGCAAAGGAGAAGUCCAACCACCACAGUAAAGAAAUGGAGAGAGGAGAUAGAGAACGUCGCAAACCAAUGUCGCCACCAAAAGGCAACGCACCAACAAGAGGUAGUCUGACCUCUAGUUUUAUAAGUGACAGUAGCGACAGUUCUCUACGGGAUGUUGUGACCCCGUUAUCUGAAGGUCAAAUAUCAGAUCGUAGUGACUCUCCCCGUAUACCAACGUCGACACAACAACCAAAUUAUGCUGCCUUUACUGUACAGACUGAAUUCUCUCAGAGGCAGCCGGACAGGAUGCAGGGAGAUUCAAGGUCAGAUUUUGUUAAAACCAGUUACACUGUAUCAGAUCAAGCUUACACACCGGAGAUGGCUCGGGCGGCCGGAAUACCAGUGGUCAGUGAUAGUAACAGCAAUUCUGUUCUACAGCGAUGGGGCUCUCGGGAAGGAAGUAUAGCCAGCAGUCGAAGUUCUGGGGACUAUUCCGAUCACGAAUCACACAAAAUUCAUUGUGAUCAUAAAGACAGAGAAUCGUCUGGUUCUCGUACUGCAAAGAAAAUUACAACAUUAACAAAAUCUUCUUCUGGAACAGAUAAAUUCAUUAUGCAAAACAAACCUUUUGUGAUAAAAACUCAUACGCCACCUGUGGGUGAUCAAAAGUUAAGUAACACUACAAGUUUUGCUGAGAUAAAACGUAUGAAACAGAAUGUUGGUAAAGUAGAUAACUCUGGAUUUGUGUAUAUGAUAAAAGGCCAGGAUCCUGUGGAAACAAAGAAAUCCACACUACACACUAACUCCCAGAGACCUGACAGGGCUAGUAGACCAGAAAAGAAGACUACAUUUGCUGCUCUGCCAAAUCAAAUGACAUGGCAACAGACAUCGCAGCAGCAGUCGGAGCCAGUACUUACUACAGGUGACAAUGCUCAUCUGGAAAAUGGAGAAGCAGUCGGGGCAGGAGCAUCAGACAUGCUUCAAAUUCGUCUCAAACUGGAAGAAAAACGUAAAAUGAUUGAGAAAAAGAAACAUCGUAUGGAAGCUCAACAUCAAAAACUGCGUCAGAGGAUGGGAAAAACGGCAUUCUUACAAGUCAUUCAAAAGCCAAGUGCUGAUAAACCUGAAGACGUUGUGAACGGCCGCAUUCCUGAUGUAGGAGUGGGUAACUAUAGUAGUCAUACGCUUCCAAGAUCAACUUUUAGUUCAACAGUGGACAGUAAUCGUCCAAGAUCACUUGACCGUGAAACAAGGUCGCUAGAUCGUGACAUUCCUAGCACCAGAACUGUACUUGAUAGGCAAGGUCAAGGGGAUGUUACAAGUGAACGUGGCCAACAACGGCCGUUUUCACGAGAGGGGAUACAACAGACAAUAGAAAAUGUUCGUAAAAAGUGGUUUCGGGAUGAUGAUGUAUUAACUUCGUCGUCUUCAAUGGCUGAGACUGAACAGGACCCAGAUGGUCGUUCAAGGAGAAUAUCCUCACCUAGUCCCCAUCACAGGAUGUCCUUGUCAGACCAGAGGAUGUCACAAAGCCCUCCACAAAGAAUGCUGAUGUCAGAAAGUCCUCCACAAAGGACAAUGGUGUCAGGGAGUCCUCCCCAGAGAGCGGUGGCUUCAGAAAGUCCUCCACAUCCAUCAGAGGUAAGACGGCCUCAAGAUGCUAAACAGGAGGACCCAAAACAAUACAACAGAUCUCUUGACAAAUUAAAUCAGAGCUUGGUUGACCUCCAGGGGGAAAUCAGUCGUCUCAAUCUACAACAGGGUCAACUCAAGUCCAUGAAAGUGAAUGCUGCAACAACAGGGUCUGGUCAUGAACGUACUCAUGAUAGAUCAUCAGCAUCUCCUCACAGAGGACAAAGUGAGCGAACAGCCACGCCUCCUAGGCCUGAGUCGGUCAGUGGGCAUGUGGCUAAGUCUGAUGGUAAUGUAGACAUACAGACACCAGAGAGGCUUGCACAGGGUAGUGCACAACAUCCGUCGAUUCUACAGCAUCAAGAUGCGGCCCUUCCCACACCAGAGAGAUUAGCUAAGGCAGGGAGUGAGUAUGCCCAACAUCCAACGUCUCUUCAACAGAUUCCAGGUUAUCAACAACACCAGCCUAGUGGGCUUCCUAUGGGGGUGUACACCUGCCAGAACCAGUAUGUAAACAUGCCUCAACCUCCUGUGAUGUACUCUGGGUACCAUACCCAGCCAGCCCCUCCAUACCCACCACAGCAGUUCCCUCCCACACCUCCACAUGGAUAUCCUCCGUCCCCAGCUUUCCCCCAACAGUUCCCUCAGCAACACAUGCCCCCAGGGUCUCAGUUUGGUGUACCCAGUGUAUCCUCUCCUCACUAUGGUAUGGGCAUGCAGACGUUCCAGCCUCCUCCUCCUAUAGCUUCUACAUACACUGUACCCUCGUAUCCGGGCUACACCAGUAGUGCUAACUCUCUUAGCAAUGUACCUAGCCAUGUGGGCGCCCAGCCGUAUAAUCCAACUUCUGUCGCUAACAUUCCAUCAAGUACUGUUACACCUAGAACUGAUAGUCCUGCCUUACAAUCAGACUCGGCAACAUCUUCUGGCGAUCCUAAAGUGACCAAAACAGAAAUAACACAACAGGAUCAUGUGAAUGUAAAGAACACUACAUCCCAGGAGGAUCGCUCGGAUGAUGGUGGUAAUGUUAUGGGACAAAAUGGUGGGUUCUUUGUGUCAUUUGGUGAUGGAUCUCCGAAGAGAACCAGACCUGCAUUAGGAAAGGAUCGGAGCCGUAAAGACCAGCAUCAUCCUCUAGCCAAUCAGGACAGUGUACCAUCUAGUCAGACUUCCUUAGUGCCACCUGGUGGUCAAACUCGGGAUCGUAGUUCAGUGUCGCCUCAUCGUGCCAAAUGGGACAUUCCAUCUACAUCAGCAAAUGUGUCACAGCCAGGCAUGGGUGGGUCAGCUUAUGACCCACCUGUUGUACCAACAGAGCCACCUAUUGGAUUUGAGAUUGAGCCUGAAAAGGAUUCUCAGGAACAGAUAACUGAUGAUGAAAUGCUGAAAAAAAAAGAAAAGCUUAUUCAGAUGCAGAUCAAACGUAAAGAGGAUCAAGAGCGCAAACGAUCUUACAAGGAAAUGGAAAUGGCUCGCAAAAAAGAACAGGAAAGAAUAAAACAGGAAGAAGUUGAGAGGAAGAAACAAGAAGAUAAAGCUCGUCGAGAACUAAUCUUCCGUCAGUAUCAGGAGAAAAAACGACAACAGCAAGAAGAAGGUGACGAGUAUGACCGUCCAGCCCCACGUCGAGAAAAAUCGGCCACCAAACCAAGACCGAAGUCCAUGCAUGUAGCCAAAACAAAUAUACAAUCAGGGUCAGAUGAAGGUUUGCACUCCAAUAGCUCUCAAGAGGAUCUCUCUGCUCAAGCUUUCACUAUUAGUCCUGGUCAUUCAGGAUCUUUGUCUUGUAACACCCUGAUGACAAGCUCAGCUGACGGUAAAUCGCUGGCCUACGGAGGGAUAACUCAUCGCAGACCGGCAAGUCCAGAUUUAUAUAACAGAGGACGGAGGUCUAAAGCCAAUACAGAAAGUAGUGAUACCGGUUCUAACACAGGGUCUAAUGCAGGCUCAGACUAUGCAGGUCCCAGGCUGUUUGUGAAGCCCAGUUCCAAAUCUAACCGACACAUCAUAAUCAAUGCUAUCAGUCAUUGCUGUUUAGCUGGCAGUGUUAACUCAGAAAUGAAAGCCAAGGUUUUAGAGGAGAUGGCCAAGUCUGAUGCCAAACAUUUCAUCAUCUUGUUUCGUGAUCACAGUUGUCAGUACCGCAGUGUGUACGAGUAUUACCCUGAGACAGAGGACAUCUACAAAAUUCAUGGCAUAGGACCCAAACAGAUCACUAACAAAAUGAUUGAGAAGUUUUACAAGUACAAUUCCGGUUCAAAAGGAUUUUCAGAAAUCUCGUCGACAAAACAUAUAUCUGUGUCUAUAGACGCUGUUGCUAUACAAAGUGCUUUAUGGAAACCUGGAAAAAAUGUUUUGAUCGCUGAUAAUUCUGUAACAGAGGUCAGUGUAUCCAUGUUUGGUGAUAAUUCUGUAGCAGAGGUCAGUGUAUCCAUGUUUGGUGAUAAUUCUGUAACAGAGGUCAGUGUAUCCAUGUUUGGUGAUAAUUCUGUAACAGAGGUCAGUGUAUCCAUGUUUGGUGAUAAUUCUGUAACAGAGGUCAGUGUAUCCAUGUUUGGUGAUAAUUCUGUAACAGAGGUCAGUGUAUCCAUGUUUGGUGAUAAUUCUGUAACAGAGGUCAGUGUAUCCAUGUUUGGUGAUAAUUCUGUAACAGAGGUCAGUGUAUCCAUGUUUGGUGAUAAUUCUGUAACAGAGGUCAGUGUAUCCAUGUUUGGUGAUAAUUCUGUAGCAGAGGUCAGUGUAUCCAUGUUUGGUGAUAAUUCUUUAACAAAGGUCAGUGUAUCCAUGUUUGGUGAUAAUUCUGUAGCAGAGGUCAGUGUAUCCAUGUUUGGUGAUAAUUCUGUAGCAGAGGUCAGUGUAUCCAUGUUUGGUGAUAAUUCUGUAGCAGAGGUCAGUGUAUCCUUGUUUUGUUAUUCUGUAACAGAAGUCGCUGUAUCCAUGUUUGGUGAUUAUUCUGUAACAGAGGUCACUGUAUCCAUGUUUGGUGAUAAUUCUGUAACAGAGGUCAGUGUAUCCAUGUUUGGUGAUAAUUCUGUAACAGAGGUCGCUGUAUCCAUGUUUGGUGAUAAUUCUGUAACAGAGGUCAGUGUAUCCAUGUUUGAUGAUAAUUCUGUAACAGAGGUCAGUGUAUCCAUGUUUGGUGAUAAUUCUGUAACAGGGGUCGCUGUAUUGUUCAAAUGUUACUAG